AUGGCAUUUGUAUUUAAGGCCACCGGAAGGGAUUCCGGCCGACCGCAAACAUCCUCUUCCCCGUCUGCCGGCGCGAAGAAAGGCCUUUCCCCGCUCGGCAGCCCCGAGCAGCCCCCUGGCGGUGAAGCGCCUGUGUCUGCCCAGGCGACGAGUCGUCUCCGUUCCGCCGGCGCCACACCUACGCCCGCAUUAACCCCUCACAUGAAGCGCACUCCGUCCUCGUUGUCGGGCUCGCCGUUAGCGCCCAAGUAUGGCGAGGGAGCGUCAUCUAUUUUAACGGCCGCCGGUGGACGGGCCGGCAAUCCGUCAAGCACAGCAGCACGCCGUGGAGGAGCCACUGGCGGCGGCGAUGGUGGCAUCCGCGGCUCCCCUUCGCCGUUCUCGCUGCGUCGACCCGCCCUGAGUGCAAGCGGUAGUGCGGGAGAUAGUCCGGGAGGAGAUGAUGGUGUUCCCUCCGGUGCUGGUGCUGGUGCUGGUGAUGGUGGUGGUGGUGGUGGUGGUGGCUCGGAGAGGGACGGAAGUGGGACGACGGACAGCAGUGUGGGGAGUGGGAUACUCACCGCCGCCGAUAUUUUGGCAUAUCGCGCUACUAGUAGCUCAACGCGCAAAGGAUCGCUGCACGCCGGUCAGAGUCGCUCCGCGCACCGCCAGCGCCACGAAGACCAAAGUGCGCAUGGGCACUUGCCUCGACACCGCCAGCAGAAGUCGCUGGACGAUCGUGAGUCGCUUUCAUUCCGUCAGGGUUUCCGUCAUGGGCCGGGGCUAGGCGGGAGUCCCAGCAGCAAUCGCGUGGCGCAGCCUUCAAAAGAGGCAGCGGCCGCUAAGUCCGCCCACAGGCCCGCUGCCGUGGUGGCGACGACGGAUGCCGCGUCAAGUGCUGGUUCGGUGGCUUCUGACUCAUCCCACGUCAGCACCCGAGCCUCUGAGUCAGCCUCGGCCAGUCGUCGUGGCGGCCAUGCGAGCCCGCGUGCGAAGCCGAUGGACGCUCGUCACAACUCGUCGUCGUCGCUAUGGAGGUCACCAUCCGCGUCGUUCCCCUCUCCCCCUACUGCAUCUGCUGCCGCCGCGUCAGCAGGCGCGAAGUCAAGAGGCGAGGCGGGCGCGUCGCCGUUGUCAGCAAGAGCGCCACAGCAAGCGGCAGCCCGCGCCAUGAUGCUGCGACGGUCACGUAGCUUCUCCACGUUCUCGCGGCCCCCUGCUACCGGUGCGCCUGCUACGACCGGCGCGAUUGCUGGAGCUAGUUCCGCGGACGGCAGCAACAGUGGCGCUCAUUCCGCGUGCAGCAGCGCUGUUUCCGCGUGCGCCUCUGGCGGUAAACGGAACAAGAGGGAUGGCGGAGGCGGAAGCACGAGCACGAGCAACAAGCUGCUUCGAAGCCACAGCGUCGAGGGCAGCUGCGACGUGGGCGGCGAGAGUGCGGGCGAUAGCAACGCGCUGUUUGGUCGGGCGGGAGGUGCGAGCAGCAAGAGCAGCAGAGUCAAGGGGGCCCGUUCGCGAUACUGUCAUCCUCGAUACGCGCAACAGCACCAUCUCGACGCGCCGUCGUCGGCUGGCAGUGCAGCCUCGGCGCGCCGAGCGGGAGCGGCGUGGAACGUGGUGGACGCGCAGAUGGCGGAUUGGGGCUUGCUGGCAGGAAUUGGGGCCACGGGUGAUGCUCCUCGCGCGGAUUCUGGUCCUGCUGCUUCUGCUCGCACAGCUCGUAGCGCUCGCGCGGGUUCUGGAGCGAGUGAGCGCAGCGGCUCUACUCCUACUGGGAGCCGCCCCGCGCUCUCGAGGUCGCGAUCGGGAUUGAGUACGGCGGUGUUUCGCCGACUGUCGUUCUCGUGCGAGGGCGACGAGGCGACUGGCGAGGAGUGCGGGCUGGUCACCGAGAGUCACAGUGAGGAGGAGCAGGAAGGGGAGGGUACGGGAGGAGGCAGUGCGAGGACGACCGCACUUGCUGCUUCGGAUUAUGAUGAGCUUUAUGGGACGGGAAGGGUGGCGCGAGGCGACAUGGCGUCGCGCGGGCUGGACUGCCGGUGGUGGGACAAGAUCCGAGACGAGCUCGACGCACUCCGCGCGUUGGUGGAGGAAUCCGCGAGCACUGCGGCCCGCUCGCACCCAGCUGCCACCACUGCAGCUACUGCCGCUCCUCCACAAGCAUCACCUGGGCAGGAUCAUCGUCAGUCCCCACGCUUACGUCGAGGCAUGUUGAAACCAAGCACGAAGGGGGACGAGCAAGCACCACUGCUUGCAACCAACGCUGGCGGUGGUGCGGUGCUUGCGUGGCUGGGGCAUGCGAGGCGCGAACUGGAGAGCAUUGUUGGAGGGCGAGCGGGGGGACGUGGCGUGGAGUGCGGUGAUGGAGAACAUGCGCAGUUCAUCCGUCUGCCAGCCUUCUCCUGGGACGCCCUUGCUGAAGGGCCCUCUGGUGUCGUCCUGGGGAGACGGGCCAUUCGCAUUCAGCAGCAGCGCAGCCACACACACACGAAUUCAGAGACAGCAACAGAGGCUGCAGCAGGCGAGACUAAGGAAGGAGCGGUGGAAGCAGCAGAAGGUGCAGCAGGCGGCAGUGAGUCAGUGGACGCCGCCAGCUUACAGCAGGCCACACUCCCUGCCAGGAGCAUUACAGAAGACACUGCUCCACACGCCCAAGCACACCUCCCUGCGCCUGUGCCUCCUGCUCUGCGUACCCCAGCGGCACUGCCAUCGGCAGGGGGGUGGCUGGGCCGGCCCAGAGGGAAGCCAAGCGGUGCUGGCUUGAUUGGUGCGAGGGCAGCAGGAGGAGGAGGGAAAAGAGCCGGGGAGGUGGUUCUUUUAGGGAGGGGGAAAGAGGAGCACCUGGAGAACCAUAUGGUGGUGAGUGAUUUGCAACUUCGCCUGUUCGUCCUUGGAUUCCCAACGUUUCUCUUCCUUGCUGCUUGUGAGGAAUUAUCCUACCAUGGUUCGGGUUUCACUUCGUUGCCUGCUCUAUCCUCACCACCUACUCUCCUCCCACAUUCCCUCUCCUCCUCUGUAUCUCCAUGUCCCGUCGCUCCCGUCAAUUUGCUGCGACCAACAAUGAGCAGAGGUUCUGGGCGCGGGAGAGGGGGUACCUACACAUGCUGGGCCUGCCAUCGUCGCACCAAGGCGCUGCCGUGGGGCAUGCACAAGGCGCUACCGUGGGGCAUGCACAAGGCGCUGCCGUGGGGCAUGCACAAGGCGCCGGUGUCACCAGUGGGGCCCACAAAGGCGCGGACGAGAGGCAAGCUGAUGGCUCUUUUGAGACUCAAUGCUUGGGAUUGA